GCUCUCACCAGUCUACCAGACAAUCUCGCUGGUAGUUGGUAGUGCCUGUUUUUAUUAUUAUUGCUGGUGUUCUUACAGCUAAUGCCAGUAAAUAUAAUUUGCCUAGAUAAUUUCUAUCAGUUUUCAAAGCAGUCGACAAAAUAAAUCCAAAAGAAUCGACUGCAUUUCACAGCGGAACUGAAUUGACAGGUGAAUCAUGGACCGGAGUUCGAAAUUACUUUUAGUGAAAAUAAUAAUAGACUUCACUUCUGUGGCUAUUGUUGGCUUCACGGUUCUCGGAUUCUACUUGUUCGGUCAACCCUACCAGCGAGGAUUUUUUUGCAAUGAUGAAUCGCUUAUGCAUCCUUACCGAGAGUCGACGGUCACCAAUACCAUGCUCUACAUUGUUGGAAUUUUUCUUCCUAUAUGUGUGAUACUUUGUGGUGAAUUUCUCUACGCUAAAAAUACCAACGGACAGUCAUCGGUGGUAUUAUUUGGUCGAGUAAUACCUCGCUGGGUGGUAUUGGCCUAUCACAAGAUAGGGUCGUUUGCAUUUGGAGCGGUGGCUAAUGUAUUGACCACUGACGUAGCCAAAUAUGCGAUUGGAAGACUACGCCCACACUUUAUAGAACUCUGCAAGCCAAGUAUAAAUUGCAGCUUGCCGAUAAAUCAUCAUAAGUUUAUAGAACACGAUCAAUUUACAUGCACUGCGUCAAACGUCACCAAGAGACUGUUGAAAGAAGUCAGAUUGUCGUUUCCGUCAGGUCACUCAUCAUUCUCUACCUACGUUAUGAUUUAUCUUGUUCUGUAUUUACAAUUGAGAAUAACAUGGAAAGGUAGUGUGAUAUUCAAACACUUUGUUCAGCUCAUUCUUAUCUUGCUGGCAUGGGCAACGGCAAUGUCAAGGGUUUCCGACUACAAGCAUCACUGGAGCGACGUUCUUGUGGGAAUGCUUAUCGGUGUAAUCGUUUCCUUGAUUACUGUAUUUGGGAUAGCGGAUUUAUUCGAGGAGAGACGAGAAUCUGGGAUAACAAAUGCCGGUCACGGUGAUAAGUCGCGUGCAAUGGAGUACGAUGCUGAAACGACAAUGCAGGAUGAAUCACGUCCAUUGAAAAACUUAGAAACUUCUUACGGUGGAAUACAAAUCACUCAACAACAUACUCGAAAAACUAUCACUGGAUUUUGAAAAAGCUGAAAAACGAGCCAAUAAGUCAGCAGACUACGUCCGCAAACUAAGCGAAGUUAUUAUAAAAUAUGAAAGAGACAUGAAAAAUACCACAGCCUCUAGUCUAUAACCUUGAGGUUAUAAUAUAUGUCUUAAUUAAUCAUUAAAAAGGUUCAUUACUUGAAAAGUUGGAGACAAAUAAAAGUCUUGAUCAAUUGGGAAAGGCAUUCGAUAAUUCAAAUUGUGAAUCAAUUUGUAUCGUUUAGUUCUAGCGACACGCAUUGGAUAGUACAUUGUUAUUUCGUGACUCGAAGUCACAUCACGGGAUCUUUUGGAGUUGAAUUGAUGUCACAAGAUAAAUAGAUAGAUAUUUAUAAAGAAGAAGAGCAUCGUACUUACCAUCAUUCACUGGAGGAUACGUGUAUUAGUGCUGACCAGAAAUUUCGAUACAAUGUCUAAAAAAAUUAUUUGUUUAUUUGAUGUCGAUGGUACUUUAACUAAACCACGCUUGAAAAUUGAGCCGCAUGUUGAAAAAACAUUACACGAAAUAU